AGGUGGACCUGACAGGGUCACACACAGGACCAAGCAGGAGCGGGACCUCAGCAUUUUUACCCUUUAUUACAAAUGGAGAAACAUGAAGAUGUUCAAUACUGUUUUCAAGACAGAAACUCUUCUUGCAGAAAGGCUUUGCUAUCGACAUCUAUCUACAUAACACUGUACAUCUUCUUCUCAUUGAUUUCAGCAGUUACAGUAUUUUUGAACGUACUGGUGAUCAUCUCCAUCUCUCACUUCAAGCAGCUCCACACUCCAACCAACCUGCUCAUCCUCUCUCUGGCUGUGUCAGAUCUCCUGGUGGGACUGAUUGUGAUACCAGUAACGACUGUAGCAUUAAUGGAAUCAUGCUGGGGAUUUGGGGAAUAUUUCUGUGUGUUUCAUUUAUAUAUGGCUUUUUUAUGUACUUCUUUAUCUCUGGGCAAUUUGGUCUUGAUAUCUAUUGAUCGUUAUGUUGCUGUGUGUGAUCCCUUAUUGUACCACUCUAAAACAACAAUAACAAGAACGACGUGUUGUAUAUCCAUCACCUGGUGUUGUUGUAUCAUAUACCGUGCUGCUAUUGUAAAAAGCUUUGUAAACGUACAGGUACCGAGUAGGUGUUUGGAUGAAUGUUUUAUUGUUGAAGGAAUAACCUGGGCUAAUAUCGUUGAAAUUUUAAUUACAAUGGUUGUCCCGUGCUCUAUUAUUAUAACACUUUAUAUGAAAAUCUUUGUGGUGGCCAGAUCACAGGCCAGAAAGGUAUUUUCUAAAGAGGCUGCCAGUGUGUCUGGUGUUAAAACUGCACAGGCAAAUAAGUCUGAGAAAAAAGCAGCAACAACUCUUUCUAUUGUUGUUGUCAACUAUUUCAUUUGUUGGAUUCCAUCUCUAUUUAUUUUCUUUUUUUUGUCUUUUUUAAGUGACAAUUUAUCACUUUUCAUCCGUUUUCUGCCACUUGUUAAUUCCUUAAUUAAUCCAAUCAUUUAUGCUUUCUUUUAUCCAUGGUUCAAAGUGACAGCUAAACAUAUUUUAACUCUGAAGUUAAGGUGUUCAUAGUAC